AUGUCAGGCGCCAAGGCCACAUUGAAGGCCAUAAACGAUGCUAUCCGCGGCCAGGAUUAUGACGGCGCCAUUGAAAAGGCAAAAGAAUUAAUAAAGAAGGAUCCAAAGAGCUAUCACGGCCUUAUUUUCCUGGCCUUUGCACUGGACAAAAAGAAUCAGCUUGUCGAAGCUGAAAAUUUCUACAAAAAAGCUACAGAAUUGCGUCCUCAGGAUGCCCAAGCGUUCCAAGGACUGAUCAAGGUGUACGAGAAGCAAGGAAACCAGAGAUUAGGGGAGUAUCAAACUGCCGUCGUGAGCUUGGCACAGAUUUUUCACGAAGCAGAGGACCUGUACAAAGCCCAAGAUGUUGUCGACAAAUUUGUCGACUUUGCCAGGGUCAACGGAGACAAGCUGCAGUAUGCCGAUGCUCUCUGGAUCCAGCUCCCUGAAAGUCCCCUGUAUCCCAUUUUAGAAGGACGAUUUCCACAGCCAGCAAGGACUUAUGAGACUAUUGCACAUAUACUCGAGGACUUUGAAAAGAAACGGAUCAAUACCCUGGUCGGCGAGCGCCGUACGAGAUUAGGAGCGAGACUCAGCGAGGUGAAAGUAGAGGUCAAGAGGGAAGUUUAUGCACAGAGCAAGUUGGAACCCAUCUACCGCCAGCUCAUCAACUGGACAAGCAAUGAUGAAGUCAGGCGGGACUUUGAGGAGAAGCUCCUACAAUAUUGCUAUGACAGAUUACUCGUCACUGCUGCCGGGCCUGUAAAAACACAGGAGCAGGCCAAGGUUUUCGGUCUUGCAAACGACAUGGUAACCAUCAAACAUCCGUUCAAACUCGCGUGGGAUAUUGCCAUAGACUGGCAGGAUGGUAAAGAUAUCAAGGACUGGGACGCCGGCCUGCUUCGAGAUUACUGCACUUUUUUCCCAGACAGCGACAUGUACAAAAUCAUUACGGCCUUCUUGACAAGCAAUUUUUCGCCCUUUCCUCCGGAAGCUAAAGCAGCAGAAGAUACCAGAGCGGCAGCAAAUAGUGCUUCGGAUGAUAGCGAAGAUGAUGAAGAUGGAGGUGUUCCUAUCGCGUACGUUCCGUUAACUGACGAAGACCGUCUGAUGAUGAUCUCAGAAGGUAUUACUGGUAGUGAGUCUGUAUUUGCCUACAGGCUUGUUGGAGUUUACUUCCUGCAGAUAGGAGAGUACGAGAACACGGUUGAGUUGAUGAGGAAGGCUAGAGCAUUUCUUGACAAGGAGCGGGCCAGGGUUGGGAUUUCGUAUGAGAACACGGGUGACACAUAUGCCUUGUGCCUUGCGACGUCUCUGGUUUACUUCCAGAGCCCCAGGCAUCACCAAGAAGCCAAGGAGCUCUUUGAAAAAGUUCUUGAACGGGAUUCAACCUCAACUUCUGCCCUCAUUGGAGUGGGCCUGAUUUUUGAAGAAGAGAAGGAGUACGAUCAAGCCAUUGACUUCUUGGAGCGUGCUUUGAAACGCGACACCUCUAAUUUGCGAGUCAAGUCCGAGGCUGCUUGGGUCAAGGCGCUGAAGGGAGACUGGAAAACUGCUAAACACGAGCUGUCCGAGUGUUUACCAAUCUUGGAAGAAAAGAUCGCUCUUUACAAGGAAUUGAUGGCAGAUACUCAGUAUCGCAUUGGCUGCUGUAUUUGGAACUUGGACACGAGUCGACAAGCUCGAAAACAGCGCAAGGGGGACUGCGCGUAUGCAUAUUGGUUGAGCGCAUUGAACAACAACAUGAACCAUGCUCCAGCAUACACAAGCCUCGGCAUAUUCUACAGCGACUACGCCAAAGACAAGAAGAGAGCGCGUCGAUGCUUCCAGAAAGCCCUUGAACUUUCAGCAGCCGAGGUAGUCUCUGCUGAGCGGCUGGCGAGAUCUUUUGCCGAGGAUGGAGAUUGGGAGAGGGUUGAACUGGUAGCCCAAAGAAUCAUUGACUCGGGCAUAGUGAAGCCGCCGCCUGGUUCUAAAAGGAAGGGGAUCAGCUGGCCAUUCGCCGCGAUGGGAGUUGCCGAACUGAAUAAGCAAGACUUCCACAAGGCCAUCGUCUCCUUUCAGGCCGCUCUACGACUGUUUCCAAAUGAUUAUCAUUCCUGGGUCGGAUUAGGUGAGAGCUAUCACAGUUCCGGCCGAUACAUUGCUGCAACCAAAGCCAUUGUGAAUGCACAGCGUUUAGAAGAGCAUCUAGGAGACGGUAUCUCCGCCGAUACAUGGUUUACGAAGUACAUGCUUGCUAACAUCAAGCGUGAGCUUGGCGAAUAUGACGAGUCGAUCGCUCUCUACAAUACUGUUAUAGAGACCCAUCCAGAAGAGCAGGGUGUUGUUAUUGCACUCAUGCAGACGAUGGUUGAUAACGCAUUGACAUGCAUUGAAAAAGGACUUUUUGGGAAAGCUGUGCAACUCGCAACUUAUACCAUUGAAUUUGGGAGCAAAACUCCUGCAGAUGUCAAGGAAACGUUCAACUUCUGGAAGAGCAUCGCUGAUGCCGCUUCGGUGUUUGGGUCUGUACAGAGCCGCGUCGUCAAUUUCCCUGCAAGUGAGAUUAAGGAGUUGUUGGAGGCUAGUUACCAAGAAGCUUUUGAACUGCUUGCCAAUGUCGACAAGGUCGGAACUGACGUGGUAUAUGCCAAGGGUAUAUAUCCCAAGGAUGAACAGCUGGGUGUUGACAUGACACGCUGUAUUCACGCCACGAUUCUAUGUUACAAAGAAGCUAUCCACGUUUCUUCUGGCGAUAUACACGCACAAGCAGUGGCUCAUUAUAACCUGGGCUGGGCAGAAUACCGUGCUCACGCUUGCCUGCCUGCCCAGAUGCGAAAGAAGCCUAGCAACUAUAUCAAGGCCGCUGUCAGGGCUUUGAAACGUGCUAUCGAGUUGGAAAGUGGCAAUGCAGACUUUUGGAAUGCUCUGGGCGUUGUCACGAGCGAAAUCAACCCAGCUGUCUCACAACACGCUUUUGUCAGAAGCUUGCACCUGAAUGAACGCAGCCCCGUUGGGUGGACGAACCUUGGCGUCCUCGCGCUUCUAUCGGGGGACACUAAGCUGGCCAAUGAAGCCUUUACCCGGGGACAGUCUGCUGAUCCUGAAUAUGCGCAUGCUUGGCUCGGCCAGGCGUUCCUAGCCCUUCUAUACGGAGAUGUGAAGGAAGCCAGGGGGUUAUUUACGCAUGCCAUGGAGAUUGCAGAGGCUUCCUCGGUACCAACUCGCAAGCACUACUCGUCUUCUCUUUUCGAUCAUAUCUUGACAGCUCCUGCGAACAUGACGGUGGCUUCGCUUAUCCAGCCCUUAUUCGCACUGAACCAGAUUCGAAGUAUGCUUCCACAGGAUCUUGCUUCGGGCCAUUUGUCAUGCUUAUUUAACGAACGAACACGGGACAGUGCCAGUGCGGUCAAGACGCUGGAGAAGCUGUGCGAUGUGAUUGAGGCCGACUAUGAAGCAACAGAGUCCAGAGAAAGUCUCGCAAGAUUCACAUUGGCACGAACUGAUCUCGCAAGAGCAUACCUCGCCGCAGGAGAGUACGCCAAGGCCGUCGAGUGUGGCGAAAUGGCCCUAGGUUUAAGCAGUGAUGAUGCGGAUAGCGAGCUCACUGGCGAGCAGCGGAAGAAGGCUCGGCUUUCAUCACACCUGACGGUGGGCUUGGGACAAUACUACCUGGGACAACACCAGGAAGCCGAAACAUACUUCGAGGAGGCCCUUGGAGAAUCGGACAAUAAUCCGGAUGCAACAUGCCUUUUAGCACAGGUGUUGUGGGCACAAGGUACCGAGAAGUCCCGGGACAAGGCUCGUGAAGUCUUAUUUGAAGUGAUUGAAAGACAGCCCGACCACGUGCAAAGUAUUUUGUCUCUGGGCGUGGUAGCCCUUCUAGACCAGGAUGAAAGUAGUCUUGAAGCCGUUGUCGAGGAACUCCAGGGCCUUCGCACAAACGACAAGGUCAGCACGACGGAACAGUCCCAAAUUGGUGAAGUGCUUCGCGCCGUGGCGGGCAUGGCGGAGGGCCACACACAGCAAGAGGUGGUACAACAAAUACAAGAGGAUAUCAUGUUGUACCCUCACCUUCCACACGGCUGGUCAUCUUUGGCAGAGGCAACAGGGGACAAGUACGCUGCGCAAAUGGCACUCAAGGUUGCGGCUAGAGGCAUUCCGCCCAGGGGUAUCUUGGAGGCUCAAGAUUUAGCAAAGGCAUAUGCAGGCACGGGCAAGGCAGCUGACGCCCAGAAGGCUGCGUUCUUAUCGCCGUGGGAUGGAUGUGGGUGGACAGCGUUGAAAGUUGUGACUGACGGAAUAUAA